UAACCAGGCUCACGCGCCUGGAUAAAACUCCCCACCUCCAUCAUUGUCUCCAAACUUUCCCCUGAACUCGUACCAUCACAUGAGCGUUACUUUAGUCUUCCUCGGACAGUGGAUCAGCAGUUUGCGGGCUACAAUAGCAGUAAUCGGUGUUAUAUUUGGGCUCCUCGCGGAAGGAAAUAUGACGCGCGAGGACAGAGCGGAGCUGUCCAUGCGGCCAAGGGGUCAACGCGGGCACGGCGCGCUGUGGGUAGUUUGGAAGUCAACGUCGGUGAGCAGGAGCUGUUGUCGGGGCUCUUUGACAUGCAUUCCCCCUGAGCUCAGCGGCGCCUCCCUCGGUGGUGUGGUGGCAGGAUGCCAGUGCAGGCGGCCCAGUGGACAGAGUUCCUGUCCUGUCCCAUCUGUUACAAUGAGUUUGACAGCAGCGGCCACCAGCCCAUCAGCCUGGGCUGCUCCCACACGGUGUGUAAGACCUGCCUGCACAAACUGCACCGCAAGGCCUGCCCCUUCGAUCAGACACCAAUCAGCACCGAUAUCGACCUGCUGCCGGUCAACUGUGCCCUGCUGCAGCUGGUUGGCGCUCAGGUCCCAGAUGUGCAGCCGGUGAGCCUGAGCAGUGCAGCAGAAGUCGAAAAUUAUGAGGAGUGCAAGGUGUGCGUGGAAGAGCUGGCUCUCUACCUAAAACCCAUCAGUGGAGCAAAAGGUGUGGCGACUCUGAGUCCCAGCGUGCUCAGCCGGCCAAUGCAGAGGAAGCUUGUGACUUUGGUGAACUGCCAGCUGGUGGAGGAGGAGGGCCGUGUGCGGGCUGUGCGGGCAGGCCGGUCGCUGGGGGAACGAACUGUAACCGAGCUCAUCCUGCAGCACCAGAACCCCCAGCAGCUCUCUGCCAACCUCUGGGCAGCGGUGAGGGCGCGGGGCUGUCAGUUCCUAGGACCUGCUAUGCAAGAAGAUGCUCUGAAGCUAGUUUUACUGGCUCUGGAGGACGGCUCGGCUUUGUCCAGGAAGGUGUUGGUUUUGUUCGUAGUCCAAAAGCUCGAAGCUCGCUUCCCCCAAGCCUCCAAAACCAGCAUAGGGCACGUGGUACAGCUUCUCUACAGGGCCUCCUGCUUCAAGGUGACUAAGCGGGAUGAAGACUCCUCACUGAUGCAGCUGAAAGAAGAGUUUCGGACAUACGAGGCUCUCAGGAGAGAACAUGACGCUCAGAUCAUCCACAUCGCCAUGGAGGCAGGCCUACGAAUUUCUCCCGAGCAGUGGUCCUCUCUGCUGUACGGAGAUCUGGUCCACAAGUCACAUAUGCAGUCCAUUAUUGACAAGUUGCAGUCUCCAGAGUCGUUUGCGAAAAGCGUUCAGGAGCUGACGAUCGUUCUGCAAAGGACAGGAGACCCCGCCAACCUCACAAGCCUUAGACCGCACCUAGAGCUACUCGCCAACAUAGACCACAACCCAGAUGCCCCGGCACCAUCAUGGGAGGAGCUUGAAAGUGUGAUGCUGGCUGUGAAGUUGGUGGUUCAUGGACUUGUCGAAUUCAUACAGAACUUCAGCAAGAAGAGCCACGACACUCCGCAGCCUCAGGCCAACAGCAAGUACAAAACCAGCAUGUGCCGAGACCUUCGUCAGCAGGGAGGCUGUCCCCGAGGAACCAACUGUACAUUUGCACACACACAGGAUGAGUUGGAAAAAUUUAGACUGAGAAACAAGAAGAGCAUAAGCGUGGGCCGUGCAUUCCCGUUAUCACCGGGGGUUAUGGGUAAAACCUUCACGAUGGAGGGGAGCAUCCAUGAAGAUUUGUCUGCAGGCGUGGGGCAGGGGCUCAAAGGCAUAGGGGAGAACACAGCCUCCCUGACAGAGGGAGUGCCCGGCUUAACUCACCCCCAACUGAUCUCUAGAGGGGCUGACAUGAUGGAGGAAAUGAAGAGAGCGGUGCCAAAUGGAUCCAGUGGGGCUAACGGGUCCAACGGGCUGUCUAGCAGAAACACAUCAGGGUCAACUGAACAGAAGCCCAUCUCACCUCCCAGGACUCCAGUCAGCCACUCCUCAGCGUCGUCUCCCUUGACGGCAGCUGGGCGGGGUGAUGGUGGCGCUCCUUUGCCCAAACAUGGUCAGUUCGUUCUGCGUGCACCACAUCCUUCUCAGGCGUCAGAGCUGUACUAUCAGGAGCCCCACUCUGCAUAUGACACACCCCAUUAUCAACCAACCUCAGGUUCCUACUACCAAUCUACUCUUCAUCCUCCUCACAAACCCUGCAUGGCUCGCUUCCUUCGAUCCUCUAACGUCCCAGAGUCCUCUCUGCCGCCCUCGAUUGGCACUCCGCCAUCUUCCUACCCCAGUGACCCUCAAGCGCCACACCCACCUCCCUCCUCUUCUUCGGGGUACCCGCCUAGAGAUCGGAUGGGGCCUCCUGCCUUCCAUCACCACCCGGGGCAGCCUCAGUACGGGCCUCUGGCUCCUGCUCACGGUGUUUAUGCUCCCCUCUAUGACAGCAGGAGAGUAUGGAGGCCUCAGCUGUACCACAGAGAGGAUGCCAGGAGUAACUCGCUGCCUCCGGAGGUGCUGCAUUCCUCCGUCUACCAGCCUCCACUCAGGGAGAGAUUCAACUCUCUAGAUAGCAACUACUGCUCCGGAGCUGAACACCGUGCAGGGCUUCACAGGGAUUAUGGCCGUGUUCCUCUCGGCUACGAGGAUCUGUUCAGAAGGAAGCAGGAACAGUGGGCUCAUCAUCACCACCAUCACAGCGCCAACAGACCCUCCCAGUCAUCCCCCAUCUUCACCAUCGAUUUUGGAACUGAGCAUGUGGAGAGCGGUGGAGGCCAGUGCAUGGGAUGCAGGUUCAGAGGUGAAGAAAGUUUAGCACACUAUUCUCCAUGGUCCUGUGGUACCAUCGGCACAUGCCUCAGUCCCUUUGAGCCUGAAACGCUCGCACACACCUCGGCUCACUCCUGCUCUGAGCACUCGGAGUUGGACACUAACGGAGGUGGUGGUGGUGGUGGUAGUGGUGGUGUCGGGAAGCGAUGGCUGCAUUCGUUGGAUCACUACCGACGCUUGAAAGACGAGGACCCGAUCAUUCCCUUUAGUGAGGGGCCCAUUAUCUCCAAGUGGGGCGCCAUAUCCAGGGCAUCUCGUACGGGGUACCACACCAGCGACCCUAUCCAAGCCACGGCCUGCCAGGGAAGCGCCAGCACCACACCCAUCAACUUUAAAGAUUACAACCACCACUUGGAUCACAGCGACUACAGGUGGAGCUCCAGAGGAUCAGACUCUUCCAGCCACUCCAGUUUCCUAGAGAGUGAGCAGAUUUGUGCCUCAGAGCUUCACUGCCGUCGAACUUCAAUAAGCAGUGGAGAGAAAAUCGUGUCCGACCUGCAAGCCCGUCAGUCCGCCUACAGCCGGGAUCGGGGCCGGGCCGAAAGCGAACCGGACCCGGAUCGAGACAUUGAGCUCGAACUGUGCGCUCUUCACAUGGAGGAUUCAGACCUCCAGGAGAUCAAGUCUCAGGAGUCUUUAGACCUGGCUGCCCCACAGUCUCAGGAUGCUUCUCACUUCCUCCCACCACCCUGCUCCUCUCCCCUCCUCUCCUCCCCUGUGGAGGAGCACCCCCAAACAGAGAAGUCUUUGACAGAAAAGAUGGACGCUCACCUGCUGAAAAAGAUGGCCUUCAGGAAGUCUCUGUCUCCUGGAGGGCUGGUCACAGGAAGUCUGGGCGUUGGCAAGCUCAUGCUGCGGACUGGACCUCCUCGACUGGGGGACACAUCCGCCCGGACUUGUCCUGAAACGCCUGUGACGGAGAUGCUGCUCAAUGGAAGCUAAGGGGACACAAAGUCAGACACUGACCUGAGCCAAGCUACAGCUGAGUGGCUUGGCCACAAUUAGAUUCUGUUUAAAGGGAAUACCAUUUUAUUCCAGCCUUCAUAUAUGUCAAUCAUAUGCCUAAAUAAAACUUGACACAUAUGGGUAAGUCUGUGCUGCUCCACGAAAGGGGCAAGAUAAAACACAUUGUCCUGCAUCUUAGGUGGUCUUUUCACCAAUAUACAGCUCCACAGAAAAUUUUGUGAUAUCACUGUUUAUGCCCAGCAUGGCACAUUUGCUCUGACGGUAGAUGCGUCCAUGUUUGCAGUUUCAAACCCUGGUCACAUUUAGGAGAAAGGCCGGAGAUCUCACAGCAACUUACCACAUGAUCGCUCACUUCGUAUGGUAUCGUAGUCCUGAUUUUUAUCUAUUUUAUCAUCUAGUUUGUUGUCAAACACAGACUUAUGUUAAAAAUGAUUAUUUCAUUUCACAUGGUCCGUCAGAAACCAAAAGCCUAUUCAGUAGGUGGCACUUUUUAAGUUUACUUCAGGGAUUUUUAGGGAUUUUAUUUGAAUCUUUUCCUUUACUAACAGCAGGGACUGAGGUCCUGAAAAUAUCCUACUAAAAUUCUGUUUUUGUUCCUGAGGUUGGGUAACUGAUAGAGUAAAUAUAAAUAAUUUGCUGCAGCAAAUCAUCAUUUUUAAAUAAUAAUAUGAAUAUAAUUUACUGUAAUUAAUUGCUGUGUUGGUUUAGAGACACUUAGCUAUCCAAAGGUACAAUAAACAAAACAGUGAUUGUUUGCCACCUUAUGAAUAUCUGACAAUUAUGUUUUCAUGUCUUGCUAUCUCUUUACAUGUUAAGGCAUUUGUUUCCCUAUGCUGCCUUUCAUGGUAAAACCCUAACCCAGCUCAAUGCUCUUAAAGUAGUGGAUCGCCUUUGUUGUAUUGCUGCAUCACACAAAAUCAAGAAAUAGACGUUACAAUACUGAGAAAGAAUGCAAAUUGUGAAACAGAAAUUGUAUUUUCAGAUACAGAUGGAGCUACUUUAGUAGAUUUCUAUACGAGCCACAUUAACUCACAAUCAAUCUUUAAAAAAAACAAUUGUUUCAUCUUUGUGUUCUGGCAUUUAAUACUGCUGACUGUAAGUUAGGAACAGUCUCACUGCUCUCUCUCAAACACAAACACACACACACACACACACACACACACACACACAUACACACACACACACACACACACACACACACACACACACACACACACACACACACACACACACACACACACAGUCCCUAAUUUACAUCUUCUUUGGACCGUGAGAGUAUCUUAAAAUCAUCUCGAUUCCAGAUCCACAGCAGAGCACGGACUUCCACUUGGCGAUCCAGGAAUGAACACACACACACACGCAGUACAUAUAUGCUGUCAUUCACACAAAGUAGACACAAACAUGCUAUACAGUGGCCUUUCUCUCCUUGGUGAUCCAUUGGGCUCUAUGAUGAUUUUUGUCCAUGCCCACUGACAGACACCUGUCCUGUUCCAGAUGUGUUAUCUUUCAUGUAAACGUGAUCUCAAAAACUGGAAAUCAAAUUUUUCUGUAAGCUCAUGGCAUUUUCUGUGCUUUCCAGUCCGGUCACCUUAACGUACAAUGUAAACAAUAUUCAGAGGUCAUGCAUGAUGUUUCAAGCUGAAGCCUACAAAAGUGAGGAACUUCUUGUGUUUGGUCACACUGUAUCUUUGUUUAACUUUUUUGAAAAAUCUUUGGUUUCUUUCAUUUGACGCAUUGCUAACUUCUGUGAAGUUGUUUGUCGGGGUAUUUUGUAUCAGGAUCUUUGUUACUCUUUGUUUUGUUUGCUAUAUUUUACACCACAAACAGACAAAAUUGAUCGUCUUGUCUAAUGUUUCACUGUGUUUUGCCUGCCAUCGGAUGCAGUACGCUGUCUAGUUCGCUGUAAUUUUGUGCAGUGUGGGUGAUUUCCAUAUAGCACAGCCUCGCCUCACGCCCUUUUUUAUAGAUAUGAGGCUUAAUGACUUUAAUAAACAGUGUGAAAAACAUGAUCCCAGUGUAGAUAUACUGGAUUUAAAAGUUAUGAAUUUGUUUACACUGUAUCCUAAAUCUUAUGAGAUUUGUGUAGAAUGAGAAGAAGAGGACUGACUAAUAUUUGAAUCUUUCCAGCUUCCUCUUUCAUUUCCUCUCGCUUAAGUUAUUGUACCUUUUCAAAAAGAAUUCUCAAAGAUUAUACAUUAAAUCCCAUUUUAGAGGAUGGCAGAAUGGCCGUUCGUGUGAUGAUUGCUUAUCGAGUUUCAAGUUAAAACUUUUUUAACCUGAAUGACCAAUGAAAUUGUGGACUGGUAACCUUUUUUGGGGUUUCUCUCUUAUCUUCCACCCACACAGCGGAUAGACAAAGUGAAGAAUUGGACUGAACAAUUCAGUAUAAUCCUCUUUAGAAAACUCCAAUAUUUUGUAGGGUUUAUUUCUGAGAUGAAAAGGUGAUAGCCGGCGCAGGAAUCUUGCUGCUCCAAGUCAUGAAAUUAGCUCAGCUACCUACUGUCGCCCUGCAUCUGUUUACAACUUCACCUCUGAAGUCAUGUUAGUGCCAUGUUGUGUACAGGACAGUACAGCUUUCAUAUUCCUCAAGUGUAAACUAUGUGAGGAGGGAAAGGCUCAGUCGAGUUGAGGAGUGAGAUACUUCUCGUGUAUUUCUGCUUUGUUCCAUUAGAGGAGGCUAGAUCCUUGUCUGUCUGAAUCGCUCAGGGAAGACUUAAGUUGUACUUUUGGCUUUUUCUAUAUUCAUCACUAAAAUAUUCUGUGGAAGUAAUUACUUGGUUUCUACUCUCUGAUAACUGACCUUUUCCCCCAAGGGUUAGAGAUUAUAUUGUUUGUCAGUGUUUACUUUGCCUGUGUUUUCUUUUGCCUCUCAGUAUCAAUAUUGGCUUUGCUAUUCCUGUUCCCGGAAAGGGCUGGGCACUACUGUAUGUAAAAGCAGUAUUGUGAGUAUUGAACUAAUGUCAAAGUGAUACUCCCUGUUUCCAUUAAAGUGUCUAUAGAGCACUACUGUAGUGGCUAAAUGCACUGCACUCAUUCCCACCCCAUCACUGCCAGCGGGUGCACUCUGCCCCCCCCCCCCCCAAACUUUCCCUCACCCCACCACCCCACCACCCCAUCUGCCCUACAUUCUGCGUCAUGCAUGCGAUAUAGUCCCUCUUGUGAUGGCGGAGGAGUAUUGAUGAUUCUGUAGUUGUGAUACAACACACCCAGCGCUGUAACAGUUCUGCACAUGCCCACUGUGUGGCCACGUCAAGUGCUGAAGUUUGCUUGCAGCAUUUUACUUGUUUGCUCAUGAAAAUGAAUUCUUGUUUGAUAGAGAUUAUAUUAUUAUUAUGACUAUUAUUGUUACUACCACAUUUGGUUGUUGUUGUGGUAUUUUUCCUUCUCGGUAUAAGUCAGCUUCUUUGUUUUGAAUUGAGAAUUUGCUGACAUUUUUUAUUAGACAAAAGUGUCUCAUUAUUCUAUAUUAUAUGGAGAAAAAAAGCCUGUUUGUUGAUUGUGAAACAUAUGAUGUUUUCUGACUAUUCAUGUCUGUAUUAGACAUUUUAUUUGCAAAUCUAUUGUUCGAUUGAAAUGUAAAUGAACUAUUAAGAGAUGGUACACAUCCGUCAUUGUAUACAGUUUGGCACCAUCAUUAGAUGGACUUAUAGUAUAGACGCUCAUUUAUACAACCUGUGAUAAUCAGAUAUAUUUAAAUGUUUAAAUCAUUGGGGCAGCUGUGUAAUGUUUCAGAAUGAGGAAAAUAAACUCCUUAAGAGACAGCAUAUCUAAAAUGUCCCCAUAAUAAAUAAUACUGUUACGUAUUCCAUUUAUUUCCUUGGAAAUAUCACAUUGUGAAAGGUUUCCCUUUUACUGACUUUACGGUAAUGCAGGACUGGAGUAAGUCAAACCUAUGAAGAUAAUAAUAUAUGUGCUAUUAAUGAUCAAUGAAACUGUUUGAGUAUUGUUAAUAUGACUGGUUCUGAUUCUUCUGUGCAUUUUCUGGCUCGUUCAUCUGUAUUACACUGACGUACAGACAGCUUGGUCUGAGCAGCAAACGACCUCUGUGUUGCACUGAGAGAUGGAAUUAUGAAAAGGCAGAUGAAAUUGCAUGCCACAAUAAAGCAACAACAAACUAUG